AUGCCGUUAACUAAUGAGACAGAUGAACCAAGGGUAUCCAAGAAUGAUCUUGAACUGGAAGAAAAAGUGCUUGCAUUAAAGCGAGAAAAACGAGCAAGAAAAACAAAUGUGACAAAAAUUAGACAUAACUUAGAAAAAUUGUGUGCUCAGAAGAGUAAAUUAAAUCGUGAUGAAAUCGAAGCUGAAAUUGAGGCUUUGUGGGAUGCAUUGGAAACGUGCUUAUCUGUGAUGGAUGAAUUGUGUUCGACUUAUAUUAAAUCUAACCAAGCUGAAGCUAAGGAAGCUAUUCUAAAAGAACAGGAAAACUUUGUAUCAGAUGGACACCAGACUGUGGAGAAAGCACAACAAGUAAUCAAAGAAUACUUAUCAAGUAUUUCUGAACAAGGACAUGUAUCAGAAGUAGUCAAUGUAAGCCCGGCGCCCACAGCUGAAGCAAGCCUACCUAGUUCCGAAAGCAAUCCAACUGGAACAACCACAGUCAAUGAUAGUCCAGCACCUGUUGUGGACACAGAAGGCCCACCGAGUUUAGCAAGCAAUCCCACUACCAGUACAAUCACAGCUAAUGUUAGUCCGGACCCUAGAACAACCCAAGCAAGCCCUCCGAGUUUUGCAAGCAAUUUCACUGGUAUAACCCAUCAUCGUCUUAAACCACUAACAGUUCCAGUCUAUUAUGGUGAUAAAACUAGAUUUGAGGAUUUUUGGGCAUUAUUCAUCAGCCUAGUUGAUGAAGGGAGUGAGCCUGUAAAUAUUAAAAUGGCUCGACUACGUCAAAGUCUUUCCGGAAAUGCCCUUGAUGCAAUUCGUGGACUGGGUGUUACGGCGCCAGAGUAUAAUGAGGCUAAGGACAUAUUAAAAUCUAAGUUUGGUGGACAACGUCGUCAGUUGCAAGCUUACCUUGAUCAGUUAGAGAAUAUGCCAACUCUGAAGAACAAUAAUAUUCAGUCUUUCGAAAAGUUUGCUGAUCUUGUGCGGGUAACCGUAGUGAAGUUGGAAGCUGAGGGGCGCAGUGGGGAACUGGGAGAUGGUGCAUUGCAUAGCCUGCUGGUAAAGAAACUAUCGGAACGACAAGUAGAAAAUUACAGUCGAUGGCUUAGUGAACAACAUAAGAUACGGUCAGUGAAAGCGUUGAGAGAGACUGGCUAA